AUGUCCAUUACAUUUUCCCAAGCAGAAAUUUUUGCUGCUGCAGUGGCUAGCUUGUUGCAUAAGUCUUCAGAUGGCAGCAGUUGGAAAGAAAAUAGAGCACACAAUUGGUCAAAUCGACCGACUAGAGCUCUUAGAUGGGGUUCUUCAAGUGUGGGUGACCAAAGAAACCAGAGAAGUCAUUCUACCCAGUCACCUGCACCUGUGGGGCCUGAUGGUCAAAAUGCUAAUGGGAUUCUCACUACCACUGGAAGACGCUUGGAUCUAUUCACAUGUGAGGAAGAGAAAAUUCUUAAUGAUGUUGAACCAAUUUCGCUGUCGACAAAACGAAUUCUACAUAAUUCCAGCUACAAUGACAGUGAUUGGCUAUCGGAUGAAGAUCAGUCCUGGGUACUCGAUAAUGUUUUUCAACACCAUCCUGACAAAGCGACAAAAAUGGGUGAAAAGAUUAACUAUGUCACGGUUGGUAAGCACGACAAAUACCAAGGUACCAGGUGCUUUUUUGUUGUCUCCACAAACGGUUUUAGAGCGGAUUUCUCUUAUCUCAAAUGCCUGGAGAACUAUGUCAAGGAGAAGUACCCUGAUGGUGCUGAAGCCUUCAACCAAAAGUAUUUUAAAAAGCGCCGCUCAGAGGGCACGAACCAGCAACAAACACAGUAG